CAUUCAUUGGCUGGGAUCCGGGCCGGGCCAGGUGGGCCCAGGACCCGCCCUCGGAGCGCACAACCUGGGCGGAGACACGCGCGGCGGCCAAUGGAAGCAGCAAACCCCCCCCCGCGCAACUCGGCGCUGAGCCCCCGCGGCGGAGGCCCGGGCGGGCGUGCGAGUGACCCGGAGUCCCCGAAGAAAGGGGAGCGCUGUCUCCCUGGGGCCGCGGCCCGCGCCCACUCCCGAGCCGCAGGCCUCCCCGCGCCCGUGACCAAUGCGUCCUUUUGUUGGUGUUCAUGGAAACCCGGCACAGCGUGGCAGGUCCUUCCGGAGCGAUUCCGCCAAGGCUAGCUAACGGCCAGGACAAAGCAUAGUAGAAAAUGCAAAACAACGAAAUUAUAAAGCCUGCCAAAUACUUCUCAGAAUUGGAAAAGAGCAUCCUGCUUGCUUUAGUAGAAAAGUAUAAGUAUGUGCUGGAAUGUAAGAAAAGCGACGCAAGAACUAUCGCGCUCAAGCAACGUACCUGGCAGGCCCUGGCCCACGAGUACAACUCUCAGCCCAGCGUGUCGCUGCGGGAUUUCAAACAGCUGAAGAAGUGCUGGGAGAACAUCAAGGCGCGGACCAAAAAAAUCAUGGCCCACGAGAACAGGGAGAAAGUGAAGUGGAGUGUCAGCCCGCUUCUGAGCAGCCACGUGCUGGGGAAGGAGAAGAUCGCCAACAUGCUGCCCGAGCAGCUGUACUUCCUGCAGAGCCCCCCUGAGGAAGAGCCCGAGUACCACCCUGAUGCCCUUGCCCAAGAAUCAUUUGCUGUUUCAAAUAGAGAACUGUGCGAUGAUGAGAAAGAGUUCAUACAUUUUCCAGUAUCUGAGGGGACCUCUCAACCUGAACCCUCAUGUUCAGCUGUCAGGAUAACAGCCAAUAAAAACUACAGGAGCAAAACCGCUCAGGAAGGUGCUUUUAAAAAGAUGCAUGAGGAAGAACAUCAUCAACAAAUGUCCAUCUUACAACUGCAGCUGAUACAAAUGAAUGAGGUGCAUGUGGCCAAACUCCAGCAGAUAGAGCGAGAGUGUGAGAUGGCAGAGGAGGAACACAGGAUAAAAAUGGAAGUUCUCAAUAAAAAGAAGAUGUAUUGGGAAAGAAAACUACAAACUUUUACCAAGGAAUGGCCUGUUUCCUCAUUUAACCGGCCCUUUCCCAAUUCACCCUAAGACUUUUGGGGGUGGGGGGCCCUUGUAAUUAAUCCGCUGGCAAAGAAAGUCUGGAUCCUGAACUUGCGGUCAGUAACCUGUAACUGGAACUACAACUAGGAAAAAUAGAGUGGUAGUAGUCACUUAUUUAAGAAUACAUUCAGGUAAACAGCUACAUCUAUGUACCCUUUAUGUGGCAAAGAAGCUGUUAGAGUCUUCUGAAAAGUCUCACUGAGCACUCUCAUUCUGAAUGAAAUGUCUUUUAAUUAGAAUUCAUACAGG